CUAGACUUCUUUGCAUGUUGGUUGAAGAAAUGGAGGACCACGUGGACGUCAAGGGACUACAAUUCCCAGGAUGCACUUUGGAACUCGCCCUUCCAGACACGUGCGCACGUGCCCUUCGGCGUUCCCUCGCGGGGACCUGUCUGCAGCCCCGCCCCCCUUCCCCAGGGGCCGGCCGGCCUGACAGCCGGGUCAGAGAGCGCAUGCGCCCCGCCGCCUGCUCCUUCUCGGCCUCCUCCCCGCGUCCGCCCUCGCUCGCACACGCGCUCCGCCCGAGCCGGCGCUUCGCUCUCCUCCGCGCGGCCCCUUUUUGUCCCUUCCGGGCCGCGGUGCAGGCGGCGGCCUCGCGGAAGCGGCGACGGUUGGCGAAGAUGGCGGCGGCGGCCUCCCGGGGCGGCAGGCGGGGCGGCGGCGGCGGGCAGGGCGGCGGGGCGGCCGAGGAGGAGGCGCCGCCGCCGCUGCAGGCCGUGCUGGUGGCGGACAGCUUCAACCGCCGCUUCUUCCCCAUCUCCAAGGACCGCCCCCAGGUCCUCCUGCCCUUGGCCAACGUGGCCCUGAUCGACUACACCCUGGAGUUCCUGACUGCCACCGGGGUGCAGGAAACCUUUGUCUUCUGCUGCUGGAAGGCCGCUCAGAUCAAAGAGCACAUACAGAAGUCCAAGUGGUGCCUCCCCACCUCGCCCAACGUGGUCCGCGUCGUGACCUCGGAGAUGUACCGCUCCCUGGGGGACGUGCUCCGGGACGUGGACGCCAAGGCCCUGGUGCGCUCCGACUUCCUGCUGGUCUAUGGGGACGUCGUCUCUAACAUCAACAUCACCCACGCCCUGGAGGAGCACAGAUUGCGGAGGAAACGGGAGAAGAACGUGUCUGUGAUGACCAUGAUCUUCAAGGAGUCCUCCCCCAGCCACCCCACCCGCUGCCCCGAGGACAACGUUGUGGUGGCCAUGGACAGCGCCACCCGCCGGGUCCUCCACUACCAGAAGACUCACGGCCUCCGGCGCUUCUCUUUUCCGCUGAGCUUGUUCCAGGGCAGUGGGGAAGGAGUGGACAUUCGGUACGACCUGCUGGACUGCCACAUCAGCAUCUGUUCCCCUCAGGUGGCCGAGCUCUUCACUGACAACUUUGACUAUCAGACCCGGGACGACUUUGUGCGGGGCCUGCUGGUGAAUGAGGAGGUGUUGGGAAACCACAUCCACCUGCACAUCACUACGCGGGAGUACGGAGCCCGCGUGUCCAACCUGCACAUGUAUGAGGCCGUGUGCGCCGACGUGGUUCGCCGCUGGGUCUACCCCCUGACCCCGGAGAUGAACUUCACGGACAGCCCAGCCCAGAGCUGCACUCACUCCCGACACAACAUCUACCGGGGGCCGGAGGUCAGCCUGGGCCAUGGCAGCGUCCUGGAGGAGAACGUGCUCCUGGGCGCCGGCACUGUCAUAGGCAGCAACUGCUUCAUCAGGAAUAGCGUCAUCGGCCCCGGCUGCCACGUCGGUGAUAAUGUCUUACUGGACCGGGCCUACUUGUGGCAGGGCGUUCGGGUGGCCAGCGGGGCGCAGAUUCGCCAGUCUCUGUUGUGCGAUCACUCCGAGGUCAAGGAACGGGUCGUUCUGAGGCCGCGCUGCGUCCUCACCUCCCAGGUGGUGGUGGGCCCAGACCUGGAGCUGCCCGAAGGCUCGGUCAUCUCGCUGCAUCCCCCCGAUGAGGACGAGGAGGAGGACGAUGGCCAGUUCAGCGACGACUCAGGAGCAGACAGGAAAGAGAGGGUGAAGUCAACAGGUUACAACCCGUCUGAUGUGGGCACGGAGGGCCAGGGCUACCUCUGGAGAGCGGAGGGAGCGAGCCCCAGGGACGAGGACGAUGACGAGGAGCUGCGGCAGAGCCUGUGGGGACUCACAAUCAAGAUGGACGAGGGGAGUGAAAGUGACAGCGAGCAGAGUCUGGGCUCCCAGGAGCUGGACAGCCGGGCGGGCUCGCCACAGCUGGACGACAUUAAGGUGUUUCAGAAUGAAGUGGUGGGGACGCUGCAGCGGGGCCAAGAGGAGAACAUCUCCUGUGACAACCUGGUCCUGGAAAUCAACUCCCUGAAGUACGCUUAUAACAUCAGCCUCAAGGAGGUGAUGCAGGUGCUGAGCCAAGUGGUCCUCGAGUUCCCCCUGGAGCAGCUCAACUCCCAGUUGGACCCCAACAGCUACUGCGGCCUCCUGCUACCUCUGCUCCGGGCCUGGAGCCCUGUGUUCAAAAACUAUGUCAAGCGCACAGCAGACCAUCUGCAGACCCUGACGGCUAUCGAGGACUUCUUCCUGGAACACGAAAGCCUGAUCACCUCCCUAGCCAAGGUGCUGAUGACGUUCUAUGAGCUAGACAUCCUGGCCGAGGAGACCAUUCUGCAGUGGUUCAAUCAGAGGGACGUGUCCGACAAGGCCAAACAGCUGCGGAAGAACCAGCGGCUACAGAAUUUCAUCCGGUGGCUCAAGGAGGCCGAAGAGGAGUCGUCGGGAGAUGAGCAGGACUGAGGCCUGCCGGGGCUGCCCCGUGGGGGUGAGGGAAGCCCAGGCACGAGCAGCCAGCCUGUGCCCUGGGACUCGGGGAUCCUUCCUCCCAAGCAGAAGCCCCCGGGCCCCCCUCGGCAAUUGAGCCAUGGAAAGGGGACCAUCUGCAGCAAGAAAGACCCGCCCAGGGAUGGAGCACCCCGUCUGGGCCUCGGGUCGCCGAGACCUCAUCUCUAGCACGAAGCUUUUCUGAGGACGCGGCUCCCCUCUGCCCGCCUGACCUCUGGGGGGCGGCGGUGCGGCCGGGGCCUGGGCUGCUUGUCU